AUGGACAAGCAUGGAAAGAAAAGACCUUUGGUGACUACUCAUGUGGUUCCAGAUGAUGUGGGGGGUGAAGUACAGAAUAUGCUGGAAAGAUUUGGAGAUCUAGCAAUCAGACAGGAGGAGGAUUUCUAUGUUAAAAAGCUAGGAUUGCUUGUUAUUGAAGACUCAAAAAUAGGAUGGACGGAAGGAAAAUUAAUUGAUCAGAGAGAGGAUGCUGUCUGCUCAAAAACACAUUUGUCAUACUUACGGCUAGUGUCUAUUUAUAGGCAGAAGCUCAACCAUGAGUUCUCCCAGCAGUUCCUGACUUUAUUUCAGCAAUGGGAUGUAGAUGUGCAGAAAGCAGAGGAACAGGAAGAAAAACUAGCGAAUAUGUUUCGUCAGCAACAAAAAGUUUUUCAACAGGCAAGAAUAGUUCAAAGUCAGAGACUGAAAACCAUUAAGCAACUCUAUGAGCAAUUCUUAAAGAGCAUGGAAGAGCUGGAGAAGAGCAAUGAAAAUCUGCUAGCUGGUGCACAAAGUGAACUUCGCAAAGAAAUGGCUAUGUUGCAGAAGAAGAUUAUGAUGGACACUGUAAGUACCAGAUCUCUGAAGAAGUUAGUUAAAUACAAAAAUAGAACAUUCUAUAAGAAAGUCAUUUGA